AUGGGGGCGCACCUGGCCUGGCGCUAUGUGGGGGACGCCUCGGUGGAGACUGACCCGCUGCAGAUGCCCAGCUUCCCGGAGCACAAGGAACACGUAAGGGUGGCUACGCAACAGGAGAUGAACGAUGCCCAGCUGACACUGCAGCAACAUGACUACUGUGCCCACUACCUCAUCCGGCUGCCGAAGUGCAAGCGGGACAGCUUCCCCAACUUCCUGGCUUGCAAGCAUGAGCAGCAUGACUGGCACUACUGCGACCACCUGGACUACGUAAAGCGUGAAGCGAAUGAAGGAGCAAGUUCUAGGAGCUGGGCGGCUGCUCCAGAGGAAGAAACAGAGGGAAGGGAAGGCAGAACGGGCCAGGGAGUAGGAGAGGUGGGCCCUGAGGUGGCCCUCUAG